CUGCCUCCGACAAGCGGUGAAGUAUGUGUCCACGUUUGUCGAUGUUGAUUUUUGUGUUUUUCCACGUUUCAUCGAACGGAUAACUACGAUCAUAGAAAGACAAGGCCGCGAGGGUCGCGCGAUAACGUGUCAACCGAGAGCGAAGGAUGUCGCCGGUGGAUUGACACGUUCCAUCUGCCGCUCGAGGAGUUCGGCUCGAUCACACAAAGUGAGAUAAUGUCAGAGGUCAUGUCCGAGUCGGCCCACGUGCAGGAUGUUACCACGAAGGAGGAUAGCAACGUUUGGGAGGACCUGGGCUCACCGCGUUGCAUAGUCGCGCCGAUGGUGGACGCGAGCGAGCUCGCGUGGAGAUUGCUCAGCCGGCGACACGGCGCCGAGCUCUGCUACACGCCGAUGCUGCACUCCUCCGUGUUCUGCCGGGACCCCAAGUACAGGCGCGAGGCCCUCGCCAGCACCAGCGAGGAUCGCCCGUUGAUCGUACAGUUUUGCGGCAGUGAUCCGGAAAUAUUAUUGGAAGCUGCACGCUUGGCCGAGCCAUACUGUGACGCGGUGGAUAUCAAUAUCGGCUGUCCACAGGCGAUCGCGAAGCGCGGACAUUACGGAGCUUUCUUGCAAGACGACUGGGAUUUAUUACAAAGAAUCGUGUCUACUUUGAAGCAUGGCCUACACGUACCUGUCACGUGCAAAUUACGAGUGUUCCCAGAAAUCAGCCGUACCAUAGAGUACGCCCGUAUGCUGGAGAAUGCAGGUGCUAGCUUACUUACCGUCCACGGACGUACGAGGGAGCAGAAGGGUCCUUUGACCGGAUUAGCGUCUUGGGAACACAUUAAGGCCGUCAGGGACGCUGUGAAGAUACCUGUGGUCGCCAACGGCAAUAUACAGUGUAUGCAGGACUUGCAACGGUGCAUCGAAGAGACCCGGGUGCAGGGUGUGAUGUCCGCGGAGGGGAAUCUCUACAACCCGUGCAUAUUCGAGUCCCGUUACCCCGCCUGUUGGGAGCCCGCCCUGGAGUACUUGAACCUCGUGGAGCAACACCCGGCACCGGCCUCGUACAUCCGCGGCCACCUGUUCAAACUGUUUCAUCACGUACUUUGUUUAGCAGAAAAUCAAGAGGAGAGAGAGAAUCUGGCCACGAACUCCACUAUGGAAGCCUUCAGGGCGGUGGCGUGCGCAUUGAGGGAUCGUUAUCUGCCGUAUCAUGAGGGCCGCCUCAUGUGGCGGAAGGAACAAGUCGAUUAUAACCUGGAGUUACCGCCGUGGCUGUGCCAACCUUACGUACGCGAGCCGCCGCAGGAACACACGCAUAAAUUACAGGAAGGCGCAACUCAAAAAAGGAAGUACAAGGACGAGGAUGGAAACGAGAUCUCACGGAAGCGUUCGAAGAAGCUUAAGCGAAUAGCACGACGGCCGAACAGGGCGACUUCGGCUUCCAAGAGAAGUUCGGACCGAUGUCACGACUGUCCGAAUCCUCUGGGCUUCAAAUGCGAAUAUAAAUUAUGUCGGCAAUGCUGUAGGACCAAAUGUUACGUAGAAAAUCUAGACUGUGCCGGGCACAGAAAUCUAACCAAAACCAGGAGACAGAUAGCGAAGGAGUUCGAGGCGAAGCGCAAGGACAUCCAAAACGUGAUAUGACGCUGUGUGUUAAAAUAUUUUAAAUAAAACUGUACAUAAUA